GCAGGCGGCGGGCGGCGCUCGGAGCGGGCUCCGCGGCUUGCGCGGCGCCUGCGGCUCGGUCUCGGCUCGGCGGGCGGCGCACGGCAGGCGCGGCUUGGGGGCCCCGGCGCGCCGGGCAGCGCAGCACGCAGAGAGCGGACCCACGCCGCAGCCGGGCGCCCAGAGCGUUGCGGCCACUGCCCGGGGGCCGGCCCUCGGCCCCGGCGCUCGGAGCGCGGCGGCUGCCUGGCUUUAAUGGCUGCUCGGCCGGGCAGCGCCUAGGGGUGGAAGGGGCUGAGGCGCAGGAAGGCGCCCGAGCGAGCCUCCUCCGGGGCCGGCCGCGCCUGCCGCGGCGCGCUCCAUGGGGGCCCGCUGACCCGGGGCGCCGGGGCCCGCUCGCUCGCCGGCCGCGCGUCCCGGCCAUGAACUGAGUCUGCGGGCCGGCCCCGCGCCUGCUCCGCCCGCUCCUUUCUUCUCGCGCCUCCUCCGCCCGCCGCCGGCGGGCCCGGCUCCCCGGGGGCUGCGGCGCCCCGGGCUCGGCGGCCCGCGGGCCCCGGGGCGCGGGGCGGCGGCGGCGGCGGGGGGCGCGCGGCUCCGGGCGCGGCGCCUGCACCAUGAACUACCAGCAGCAGCUGGCCAACUCGGCUGCCAUCCGGGCCGAGAUCCAGCGCUUCGAGUCGGUCCACCCCAACAUCUACUCCAUCUACGAGCUGCUGGAGCGCGUGGAGGAGCCGGUGCUGCAGAACCAGAUCCGGGAGCACGUCAUCGCCAUCGAAGAUGCCUUUGUGAAUAGCCAGGAAUGGACGUUAAGUCGAUCUGUGCCGGAGCUCAAAGUGGGCAUCGUGGGUAAUUUGGCCAGCGGCAAGUCGGCCCUGGUGCACCGGUAUCUGACCGGCACGUACGUCCAGGAGGAGUCUCCCGAAGGUGGCAGGUUCAAGAAAGAGAUCGUUGUUGAUGGACAGAGCUACCUGCUGCUGAUUAGAGAUGAAGGGGGCCCCCCAGAGGCGCAGUUUGCCAUGUGGGUGGACGCUGUGAUAUUUGUCUUCAGCUUAGAGGAUGAGAUAAGCUUCCAGACCGUUUACCACUACUACAGUCGGAUGGCCAACUAUCGGAACACGAGCGAGAUCCCUCUGGUUCUGGUGGGGACCCAGGAUGCCAUAAGUUCCACUAACCCACGGGUCAUUGACGAUGCCAGGGCACGGAAGCUGUCCAGCGACCUGAAGCGCUGUACCUACUAUGAGACGUGUGCCACGUAUGGGCUGAAUGUGGAGCGGGUCUUUCAGGAUGUUGCCCAGAAGAUUGUGGCCACGAGGAAGAAGCAGCAGCUGUCCAUCGGGCCCUGCAAGUCGCUGCCCAACUCCCCCAGCCACUCGUCCGUCUGUUCGGCACAGGUGUCCGCUGUGCAUAUAAGCCAGACAAGUAACGGAGGCGGGAGUUUAAGCGACUACUCUUCCUCCGUCCCGUCGACGCCAAGCACCAGCCAGAAAGAACUGCGAAUCGAUGUCCCUCCCACUGCCAACACACCAACACCUGUCCGGAAGCAGUCCAAGCGCCGCUCCAAUCUCUUCACCUCUCGGAAAGGGAGUGACCCAGACAAAGAGAAAAAAGGCCUGGAGAGCCGCGCGGACAGCAUCGGGAGCGGUCGAGCCAUCCCAAUUAAACAGGGCAUGUUGCUGAAGCGGAGCGGCAAAUCACUGAACAAGGAGUGGAAAAAGAAAUACGUCACCCUGUGUGACAACGGCGUGCUAACCUACCAUCCAAGUUUACAUGAUUACAUGCAGAAUGUUCAUGGUAAAGAGAUUGAUCUUCUGAGAACCACUGUGAAAGUCCCAGGGAAGAGGCCACCCGAGCCAACGUCGGCCUGCGCGCCCAUCUCCAGCCCUAAAACUAACGGCCUGUCCAAGGACAUGAGCAGUUUACACAUCUCACCAAAUUCAGGGAAUGUCACUAGUGCAUCUGGGUCUCAGAUGGCCAGCGGCAUCAGCCUGGGCUCCUUCAGCAGCCGGCCGGACGGCAUGCAGCAGCGCUCCUACUCUGUCUCCAGUGCCGACCAGUGGAGUGAGGCUACGGUCAUUGCAAACUCAGCCAUCAGCAGUGACACAGGGCUGGGCGACUCCGUGUGCUCCAGCCCAAGUAUCUCCAGCACCACCAGCCCCAAGCUCGACCCGCCCCCCUCCCCUCACGCGAACAGAAAGAAGCACCGAAGGAAGAAAAGUACAAGCAACUUCAAAGCUGACGGGCUCUCCGGCACCGCUGAAGCCAAACGCAAGGCUUGGAAACUAAACCGUGUUGGUAGCCUGCGAAAUAUUUACAGCAGCAGCAGCACCAACACUGAAGAACAAGAAGAAAACUUUGAGUUUAUCAUUGUGUCCCUCACUGGCCAGACGUGGCACUUUGAAGCCACCACAUAUGAAGAGCGAGAUGCGUGGGUCCAAGCCAUCGAGAGCCAGAUCCUAGCCAGCUUACAGUCAUGUGAGAGCAGCAAGAAUAAGUCCCGAUUGACGAGCCAGAGUGAGGCCAUGGCCUUGCAGUCGAUACGAAACAUCCGCGGGAACUCCCACUGCGUGGACUGCGAGACCCAGAAUCCGAACUGGGCCAGUUUGAACUUGGGAGCCCUCAUGUGCAUCGAGUGCUCAGGGAUCCACCGGAACUUGGGCACCCACCUUUCUCGAGUCCGGUCUUUGGACCUCGAUGACUGGCCCAUCGAGCUUAUUAAGGUGAUGUCAUCCAUUGGGAAUGAGCUGGCCAACAGCGUCUGGGAAGAGAGCAGCCAGGGGCGGACGAAGCCCUCACUGGACUCCACAAGGGAAGAGAAAGAGCGGUGGAUCAGAGCCAAGUACGAGCAGAAGCUCUUCCUGGCGCCGCUACCCUGCACGGAGCUGUCCCUGGGCCAGCACCUGCUGCGGGCCACCGCCGACGAAGACCUGCGGGCCGUCAUCCUGCUGCUGGCCCACGGCUCCCGGGAGGAGGUGAAUGAGACCUGCGGAGAGGGGGAUGGCCGCACAGCACUGCACCUGGCGUGCCGGAAGGGGAACGUGGUCCUGGCACAGCUCCUGAUUUGGUACGGGGUGGACGUCAUGGCCCGGGAUGCCCACGGGAACACAGCACUGGCCUACGCACGCCAGGCCUCCAGCCAGGAGUGCAUCGACGUGCUGCUGCAGUACGGCUGCCCCGACGAGCGCUUCGUGCUCAUGGCCACCCCCAACCUGUCCCGGAAGAACAAUAACCGGAACAGCAGCAGCGGGAGGGUGCCCACCAUCAUCUGAGGACUGCGCGCCCCCUGCCCGCCGCACCCGGGCGCCUGCAGCCUUGUGCCCUCUCUCGGAAGUCACGACACGUGAGUCCCGUCACGUCCCCACUCUGUUCCCGCUGGUCGCCUGCCACCUGCCCACCUGCCCUCACCCCACGCGAAAUCACAAAACCUGACCGUCCUUGCGGGGCGAAGAGGAGGCCAGGAGGCUGCCGAACGGAGUCCUUUUCAUAAACUCCCCUAGCGACAAGCAGGAGCUACCAGCGGGCCUCGGUUUAUUGACGAUAGCACACAGCAAGGGACCCCCCCCCAGCCCCUGUCUGGAGACCUGGAGCGCGGCACAAGGGACAGGGACGAGAGGGGGAGGGGAGGCAAGGAGAAAGGAGAAGGGUAACUCUCCUUAACCGGCAGUUAAGCACAUCAGUACACUUCACCUCUACCAAACGGAACACUCGGAUUUCAUCUCCUCUCCGAGGAGCUUGACGGCAUAAAUCAGAAGCAAGCAGAGUUUGUCAGGUUUGAAGCCCCUAUGAUGGUAUGUGUCAAAUCAGUUGUAGCUAAUCUGUCCAGGGAGAAUACUGGCUUCAUUACACUUGCAUAGUUGGGUUCUUCCAGCAUUACCGCUGUUUAAUAGAACAUGAUUAGUCAUCACCGAGAAGAAAGCAUAUUAGCUGGGGAGGUAGUUACGCAGCACGCUUCGAUGAUUGCCACGAUGUGAUUGCAAUACUUCUCAGAAGCAUCGUAUUAUCCCAGACAUGUUCUUUCGAGCCCUUGGAGCCCUCCUUUCUAAAUUCACUGUCAUAAUUUAGUAUCUGUUUAAUUUUUCAGUCCAAAGAGAGGAAAUCGGUUGCUGAGUAUUAUUUGACUGGAGUCUCCUUGGUACAAAAACAAAAUGGAAAAAAUAAAUAAGAUUAAGUCGGAAAUUCGAAAGGAAAUCACGAAUUCAAGCUAAUAAUAACAUUUCGAGGCCAUGUAGUAAACUCGGUAAAGGCACAAAAGGCUUCUUUUUGUAAAUCUAAGAGAUUUUACUUCCUUUUGCCAAGGUGGAUGUCAUGGGUCUGAGUCACUGCCGGGCCACUCCUGAGUGUCACACAGGCUUCUGUGUCAUGUCUGUAGCUAAGAUUGUGAAAAUCUAUUUGAAUAAAAGAAGUUCAUAAAUAUGCAUUGAUUUUUGUUCAGAUAAAUGGCACCUCUGUUAAUUUAUAAAUUGAACUGGAUGUGAACUAAUAACGUGCAAACUAGUUGAGAUAAGAGAGUUACAGAUCGUUGUACAUGGAAAGCACUCUCAGCAGCAAACACUUCCAUUAAUGUGAUCGACAGCUUUUAAAAAGGAAACUAUCAGAAGAUGAUGGUGGUACAAUUUGCUUAUUAAAAUCGAGAAAGAAAAAAAAAAGAUGCCUAUGAGAGAAAGGAGGGGGAGACAUGUUGAUUUCUCAUUGUUUAGAUCUGAUACCACUUCUGCCAACCCAGAGGAGGGGGCCGUGGGGAAGCCAGGGAUGAGUUUCUGAGUCCCGGCCCUGGGUGCUGGGCAGAGGCAGGCCAUGACCAGCUGACUCAUGGGCACUGCUGGCGCUUCACUCAGUAGCCAGACCCUCCAUUUCCUUUACUUUGGCACCUAACCUGCCAUCUCCGAGGUGUGGGACAACUUCGGACUUAGCUGCCUUCAGCGUGAUGGCCAAACAGAGUAAAAAAUCAGAUCACGACACCUUAGGUUAAAAGGGAAGGGGUGGCUGUGCCUGGAACCCUUUAGCAAGUCCGAGUGAGAAGAGGGCUGGCUGUCUCCCUGGCAGGUGACCCUGGGUCCGCUGUCACCGAGGAGCAGGGCCACGUCCGCCCAGCCACAUCUGCCCGCAGCCUCCAGGCAGGUCUCUUGCUCUUCUGUGAUAAACCUAUUUUGUAAGAGGUUUUUCUCUUCUUUCACCUUUUAAGAAAAAAAUUUAAGUAGGUGGGGGAAAAAAUAAAGCUUUACACAGAAUUUAUAUGUGGGUCAGUGUUUCAUGGACAUAUGUAACCUUGAUUCCAUUGCGUGGAAGCCAGCGGGCUCCGGGAACAGCAGGUGCGGAAGCCAAGAAGCUGGGAACCUUGACAACAGGUCCCUAAUCCUACUCCCACCCCCACCCCACCCCCACAGUUUUUAAUUCUGUAUUUCAUCACUGUGUAGUUAUUUUAAAUGUGAAUAGAAAAAAAAAAUGUCAUUGCCUAUUUUUGAAGAACGCAUCACUGUUCUGAUGCAGCUGUACACGUUUGCCUCUGCACAGCCUGGCUUCUAGCGUAGACUUGAUGUAGUGAACACAGAUACAGCACAAAUGAAAUUCUUAAAUUAUUUCAUUGUAGUUAACGCCCACUAUAGGAAUGCUCUAUUCAUAUAGCGAAGCCUUGUUUUGAAAAGAAACGGAAUUCCUUGUCAGGCUUCCCUUUGAGAUAUAUAUGAGCGUGUACAUAUGAUUAUAUGUGUUUAUAAUAUAAUAUUUUCCCAGAUGACUUCUUUUUUCACUUAGCCUUUCACGACCUGAAUGCCAGAUGGGUUUGGUUUGGUUUGUUGUGUUUUGAGUCCUUCCCUCUCUCAGACACAGGGAGUUCACUGAUCCCUUCUCAGAAAACUUGACCCCUCUUCUGCUAUUCUGAGCAAUGUUGAUCUGCGCUGGGAGGCGGCCAGCUUUCCUGAACCUGAGUUUUGGCAGCAGAGGGGAGGCAGUGGUGGGUUUCAGGGGUUUUCCUUGAAAAAAAGAAGGUGGCUGGUGGCUAAUCUGCUUGUAUUUCAGUGUCACACCAAAAGGCCUUUCUUCACUGACAGUGCUCUCAUGCCCAUCUCAAAACCUUGCUAACACUGAGGAGGGGAGGCAAAAAGCCACAAGGGCUGGUGUUAGACAUGACCAGUUCGGCAAGGGGGUCGAGUUGUCACUUUCUAGUCCCAUGGAAGUUUUGUGAAGUGACAGUGAUGAGAAGACAGCACCGCAUCAUCCCCAUAGCAUGUUCUAGCCAGAAGUAAGUUUCCCCGAACUUGAAACCACCUGCUGGGGUAGGCACAGGUGCAUGUGGUCACCGGGGAGGGUAGCUUCUCCAUCUGGCCAGAAACUCUGCAGACGAAGGAGCCUCGAUUCUGAUCCCUUGAGAGUAGACUUCCAGAACUGAGUAGGAGGAUGGCUCGCCAAGCCCAGAGCCCUAGUCAUGGGGCCCUGGCCCCUCUGUCUCCUGUUGUCCCAGGAGAUGAGCAGCUCGAGGGUGAGUAACAUGUUCUUAAGUCUCUGGCCCCAUGAGCUGGCACAGUUCUAUGUCUCCCAGGAAGAGCACGCUGUGUGUGAUUAUCCCGGAGAGCAGGGGAAGGCAGGGGGUCCUUGCCGAUCCCAGGGCUGUCGAGAGCUCUUGAGGAUUAAUCUUGACCGGAACCCUAAAAGGAGCCCAUUCUCUACCCAUGACCCCAGGCACCGAGGCAGGGCCUUGCUCUUCUGCCUGUCUUCUGAAGUUUUGUCUAGCCUUUGCCACCUACCCAGCCUCUGCCAUCGGGCCUCGGGACCAGUCUUCCCCAGUUUUAUAACUCUGCACCCUUCCAGAGUCAUCCUCUCCAUCUGCAAGGGCGCAGUCACUGACCUCAUGAGGGGAGAACAGGGUCCAGUGAUGAGAAGGACAGCCAUAGGGCUGAGCAGACCCAGCUUCACCCGGCUUUGCUGCCCCUCCUGGGUGACCCUGGCCAGGUCCUCAGCUUUGGGGCGCUCUUUCCUUAGCUGUGAAACUGGGGGGGGAGGGCGGGGUGGCCUUGCAGGAUCCAAUGACCCAUUGGUUUCCAAGCAUUGUGAUCACUGCCAGCCAGACACCCGGCCAGGGGCUGGAAGCUCAGGAAAUGGGAGUGUUCGGGAAGAACAGAGUUGCUGAUGGCAUCAAAGCCUGCGCACCCACAUAGAGAGGGUCCCCAGGCUGGAGGUGCUUGCUUUCUCCAGCCGCGUCCUGGGGAGCCUGUGAUGGCAUGCUCGCUAGGCCGAGCCAGAGGAUGAGCGAGGCUCUCUGUGAGCCCCUGCCCCAAGGGGUGAGCUCCAGUGCUCACUUCCUGAUGUUUAUCCUCCCAUCUUCGUGGUCUGAUUUUGCUUUUCCAGAGGCAAAGUAAAGGUUGAGUCUUACUCUCAAGCAUUCUCCAAGAUCCCUUGAGGCCCAAGGUGACCCCUUCUCUCUGACGCCAUGCUGUGUCAUUGGCUCAGACAGGCCUCCCACCAUUCAGAAGCCACCAGGAGGCUGCUGUUCACACUUGGCCCUCAGAGCUUGCCAAAGAGCACCCUGGCUGGCAGAGGUCGAGGCCCUGGGGCCUCUCGUGCGUCACUUAGACACUUGCACGGUGAGCAGGCACCUCGCCAGAGCUGCUCUCCCUCUUGAGGCUGGCAUUCGGCUGAUCUUGUGCCUGCAGCUGGUGAAUGUAACUUCCCCUCGAGGGCGGCCUUGGGUCCUACCUGGACCCCAGCCUGAGCUGUGCUCCAGAGUGACCCAGGUCACCACGGCUCCAGUUCUGCCAUCUCUUCCUCCUGGCAUUUAGAAUGUUCUGGAAAUAAGAAAUCCACAUUCCCACCUAGGGAGGUUCAGAAGCCUUGCAGCAAUGUAGAGGCUCUACGAGUAAGUAUGAUCCGGGCUCCAGAACUUCUCAAAAGGCAAAGAUAAUCGGAAAGCAAAUCCAUUACCCCUCCAUGGGCUCUUUGCCCCUCCCCCACCUGCUCUAUUUCCAUCCCUCACGCGCCCCACAAGGUCGGCAUGACUUUCUAGAACUCCCCUGGAUUGUAUUUAUGUCCUUCAAGCAAACAAAUUGAAAAGCAGUCAGGAAGGAAUUCAAAUAGAAAUGUGCUGAAGAUACACAUCUUUCUUUCCCAGGAAAUAUAAUUUAUUUCUAACUGCCUCCUCGAACAUGGGCUUCACACAUUGUGAAGUCCUGUCUUCAAGUGAUUUUCACCCUCAUCUUUCACCAAAAAGCUAAAUAAGGGCCUUUGGCAUCCAGACUUGGAUUUUUCACUUUGGGCCAUUAUCAACAAUGUUGCUUUUUCUUGAAUUCCUAAGUGGCUUUCUUCUGGAAGCCCUGUGGUCAUUGAGGCUUCGGGGUGGGCCCCGUCUGUGCUGCGGCCUGGCCAGGCCCACCAGGUGUGUGGCUCACACGGGCAGGGGUCUGGCUCCCUACCUGGCCCGAGGUGGGGGGAUUGGCCCCCACGCUGUUCUGUACCCUGCACCCUGGUGGGCCUUUCCUGAUUCAAGCAUCUUAGGUCACCUUUCAGUCAAAUUGUUGAAUUGCUUCCAGUUACGCAGGAGAGAGAAGGGGGAGUGGGUUCAUCCCUCGAGUACACAGGAAUGGCGUCAGGCUUUUAUUUCCACUGCAACCCGAAGUGACCCUUGGAAGCCGGAAGUGACAGCUUAGAACUCCUAUUUCAAAAACAUGGGUGUUCUUCCCCUUCUAGAAGAAAGGUUGUCCUUAUUAAUGGAUUCUCCAUUUCAUUUUGGAUGUCUGCUGCUUUUUGAGCACAGACUGACGCUUCUUUCCAGUUCCAGUUUCUCCGUGUGGGUCAAGAGUAGAAAGUGGAGGACAUUUCCUCAGCAUGGGAUUCCGCAAGACCACAAAGUCUGGUUUUCAGUUUGCGAUUUUUAAAGCACCUAAGUUCUAAAAUCAUUCCGUUUCACCAGUGUGGGGAAGAGCUUCCCAGGGCAAGGGCUCAGGAUGGCAGAUAUGAAAGCCUCUCCUUCCUGCAUUUCAUUUCUGGGGGGGCUGCUUCUGCUCCUGGAUGGUCGCGUCUGUGCUGGAGCUUGUUCCUGCUUGGUAAAAACGCCCUCGUCCGAGGCCCUCAUCCCACCUAAAGGGCCAUUGGUGCCCAGAGGCAGGUGUGCCCAGCAUCGACCCGCCAUGAGCCGUUCCCGCCAAGCAGACAAACUGGGGUCUGUCUGGGUGUCCCCCGGCUCCCAGCAGCUACGGGGUCUGUGCAGGGCAAGCUGCCUUUGUCAGGGUGCACAAGGUCAGCUCAGGGCCUGUGUUUUAUUUGGACCUGGUGUGUGGCUUCUGCAGAGAACGCCCCCAAGGGUCAGGAUGGAGCCAUAUGACAGAGACUUGCUGUCAAAGUCCAGUGAGGUCUAAUCUAGAAUUCACCAUCAGUGGGGAUCCCGUGUCUGUCCUUCAUCUUGAGACACAGGUGAAAGAAAGUGAUACUACAUGUAAGAGCUUUCGGGGAUCUUCCAAACAAACAACGAAUUGUUAGAGGAGCAGCUGCCCCCAAACCAGAGUGUGCCCUGAUCUCCCCAGGCAGUGUCCACGAUGGCCUGGGAAGCAAAUAUCUGAGCUGGCCCAAACACGAGUAACAGUAACAGAAGCCCACACCGUCUGUGAUCCCACGAGUAAGAUGGGGAGUGUCCAGGCUUGAUGGAGGAUGUCGCAGGGCUUUCCACCCCUGGUCUAGCACCCAGAUGUCGAAAGCCUAAGUGACAGGCCUCUUUCAAAGACCCUGGGGCAGCCCAACUGAUGACCACUGCACCCAGCUCAUCAGCUGACAUUCCACUGAGUGGCCUGGGGGAAAGUUUCAUCCCACCUGGGGUCCUCGAGGGUCGGAGGACAGAGGGGACCAAGGGUGCGUGAGCUGGAGCCAGAGCGGGGAGUGAGUCCUCACUGACCACUCACAGGAGCACAGCACGCCCUCCCUGUCCUGCCCCAGGGCGCAGGGGCGGACCUGAGUGGGAAUCAGGCUGUUCCAAGGUGCAUGGGUGAUGAGUAUGUUUAGAAACUGCUUUAUGGCACAUCACACAUCUUGAGGUUAGAAGUCAUGCCUUCUCCAAACCCUGAAAAACAUCUCGGUUUCCCUCCUCCAGCUGGGCUUUUGUCUAAAAUAUAUCAAACUCUUGAGGUUGCAACCCCUGUCCCAGUCUGAGCACCCAUGUGCUGGGGAGGAUGCCGUGUGGCCUUGACCAAGGGCACUGCACAAAGCCUUGGGACCGCUGAGCUGGCUGCCCCAGGAAGGACAGGAGGAGUUGGCCACUCCAGGCCCAGGCACGGCCACUUGGGUUCUGAGAGUGCUUCCUGCUCCCAGACAGUCCCCCACUCCUGCUCAUGACCUUGAAUGGGGUUCUUAUAGGGCCACACAUGUGUUUCUGAACAGGAGACUGAGCGGGUCAAAGGUGGCAACCAAGAGGCAUCUCUUGCAGGGAACAGGGAAGGCCAAGUCUCUCUGCCCACCUCUCAGCACAUUUUUCUGUUUCUGUAAAUAGUGAUGUAUAGAAGAUGGAAGAGCGGCCCGGCGUUUAUCCAGAGAUGGGUUUGGUUUCUUCGGGAUUUUUUGUUUUGGGGUUUUUUGGGGUUUUUUUGGUUGUCUUUCUAUUACCUCAUUCAGCAAGUUUGUUUCACAAUGACUCAAUGAUGCUUUAUUUAUGUUGUUUGUACUGUAAUUAAAACCAUUGACAGACAUUUCACUUUGCUUGUUAUCUCAUAUGAUUUUGUUUUGAUUAAAUAUGCCAGUUUGUAUUUUCCUGCAUUGGGAUUUUUUGUGUCAGCUGUACAGUAUUCUAAGGGGGGGGGAAAGAGAAAAAGAAAAAUGUGUAAAGUAAAGGAGAGAGGUGGCUAUGGUGUAGAGACCUCUUUCUAAUAAAGAAAUGAAAAUAUGUCUA